UAGGCUAAGGUUUUUAUACAACUGUAUAUAGUUCAGAGGCGGACUGACCAUUUGGAAACUCGGGCACUGCCCGAGGGCCCGGGGUCAGUAGGGGGCCCCAUGAAAUGCCCCUGGUACCUUUUUUCAUAGGCUUUUUUGAGUUUGGGCAAGGACACAGGGGCCCCAUGAUCCCCUAUUGCCCGGGGGCCCCAUACGUUGUCAGUCCGCCCCUGAUAUAUGUCCAUCAAUGAUUUGUGUCAGUGCUCAUCAGUGCCUCAUGCCAGUGCCCAUCAGUUCCACAUCAAUGCCACAU